GAGGCGGGGGGGCAGAAUGGCGGCGGCGCCCACGGCCUCCUUGCCCGGCGGGUGCCCCACGGCCGUGAGGCUGCCGCGGUCGCCGCCGCUCAAGGUUCUGGCGGAGCAGCUGCGGCGCGACGCGGAGGGCGGCCCGGGCGCGUGGCGGCUGUCGCGGGCGGCGACGGGCCGCGAGCCGCUGGAGCUGACGGCCGUAUGGAUGCAGGGCACGGUGCUGGUGGCGGGCGGCGGCGAGGCGCGGCUGCGAGACCCGAGCGGGGCCUUCUCGGUUUGCGGCCUGGAGCGGGUGCCGCGGGGGCGGCCCUGCCUCGUCCCAGGAAAGUAUGUGAUGGUGAUGGGAGUGGUUCAGGCCUGCAACCCUGAGCCGCGCCUGCAGGCUGUGAAGAUGACAGAUCUUUCUGAUAAUCCCCUCCAUGAAAGCAUGUGGGAGCUGGAAGUGGAAGAUUUACACAGGAAUAUUCCUUAGAGGAUGUUGGAACGUCAAUAAAAACAACCGAAAUUCAGAAACAACUUAGGUUCUUAUACCGUAUGGAUCUCAUGGACAUCA